AGGAGGGGGGUCGAGUUCUGACGCCAUUACAACACGACUAUCAGUCCGUGCUGUAAGCAGGACACUCAUCACCAAAACCCCAAAAUAACAGAAAUGGAUGAAAUAAAAGAAGAAAAUCAGGAAUUGAAUUUAAUGGAUCAAGUUGUGGAAGUUAAAGUAGAAGAGGAAGACGUAGAAGAAGAAAAUGAGUUUCCCAAAGUCCUGAUCAAAUCUGAUGGAAAAUAUGCUGAAGAAAAUGAAACGGACGAGAACCAGCUGGAACAGGAAGACAAUGAAAUGCAACACCAAUGCCAUGACUGUGGGAAGUGUUUUCUGCAAAUUUCUCAAUUAAAAAAUCACCAGAAAAUACACACGGAGGAAAAACCGUACCCCUGCCCUCACUGCGGCAAGUGCUUCAGACACCCACAGACCCUGAGAAAGCACGAGAGAAUUCACACCGGGGAGAAACCUUAUGCGUGUUCGUACUGCGAAAAGACUUUCAGACAUGCCGAAACCUUGAAAAAACACCAGCGCAUCCAUACCGGAGAAAGACCUUAUCACUGCACGUACUGCGGGAAGACUUUCACCCAGGAAGGAAACUUAAAAAACCACGAGAGGAUCCAUACCGGAGAGAAACCGUAUUACUGCGCUGAGUGCGGGAAGAGCUUCACACAGGAAGCGAACCUGAAAAACCACCUGAGGGUUCAUACAGGAGAGAAGCCGUUUCCCUGUUCCUACUGUGGGAAGAGUUUCACAGACGCAGGAAACCUGAAGACUCACCAAAGGAUUCAUACCGGGGACAAACCUUAUCAGUGCUCGGACUGUGGAAAGAGCUUUACUCAAGCAGGUAGUUUAAAAAUUCAUCAGAGAAUUCAUACUGGAGAAAAAGUCUAGCGGUAAUCAUUGUGUGGAGGAACAGUCUUACGUGUCGGUACUUUACAAGAACACUAAACCAUUCACUGAUGCUGAAAAAUAAUUUUUCAAAAGUA